CUGCGCUUGCGCAGUGGAUUGGGACGGGCGGUUGCUUGUUGGUUGUUGUAGUAACGGGGGAAGCAGCCGUCUGUGGCGGUGGUGAGCCCGGAAAGGGGGAAGGAGGAGGGAAGAAGCGCCCGGCGCAGUCCCUGCCUGCCUGACCCGAACUAUGGGAAGAUGAGACAGGAAACUGUGCCACCCAGAUUGUUUGAUUCAGUGAGCCAGCAAAGAAAGGUCUCUGAGGCCCCCGUCUGCUGACUGCAUGAAAAACCCUAAAGGAAAUGCCAGUCGUGAUGGCCCGGGACCUGGAGGAAACAGCAUCAUCCUCAGAAGACGAGGAGGUGGCAAGCCAAGAGGAUCAUCCCUGCAUUAUGUGGACUGGAGGCUGCAGGAGAAUUCCUGUCUUAGUGUUCCAUGCAGAGGCCAUUCUGACAAAGGACAAUAACAUUCGAGUAAUUGGAGAACGGUACCAUUUGUCCUAUAAGAUUGUGCGGACAGAUAGUCGUUUGGUGCGUAGCAUUCUGACAGCGCAUGGAUUUCAUGAAGUUCAUCCAAGCAGCACUGACUACAACCUCAUGUGGACAGGAUCCCAUCUGAAGCCCUUCUUACUUCGUACCCUCUCUGAAAUGCAAAAGGUCAAUCACUUUCCCAGGUCUUAUGAACUAACCCGGAAGGACCGACUGUACAAAAACAUUAUUCGAAUGCAGCAUACACAUGGAUUCAAGGCAUUCCACAUCCUCCCUCAGACCUUCCUCCUGCCAGCUGAGUAUGCAGAAUUCUGUAAUUCCUAUUCAAAGGACCGGGGACCUUGGAUAGUAAAACCUGUGGCCUCUUCCAGGGGACGUGGUGUCUACUUGAUAAACAGUCCAAACCAGAUUUCCCUGGAAGAGAACAUUCUGGUCUCUCGUUAUAUCAACAAUCCCCUGCUCAUAGAUGAUUUCAAAUUUGAUAUACGUCUCUAUGUGCUUGUGACGUCCUAUGAUCCUCUUGUCAUUUAUCUCUAUGAAGAGGGGUUGGCUAGGUUUGCAACUGUGCGAUAUGAUCAAGGAGCUAAGAAUAUACGGAACCAGUUCAUGCACCUGACCAACUACAGUGUGAACAAGAAGAGUGGCGACUAUGUCAGUUGUGAUGAUCCCGAAGUGGAAGAUUAUGGAAACAAAUGGAGCAUGAGUGCGAUGCUUAGGUACCUGAAACAAGAAGGGAAAGACACAACUGCUCUGAUGGCCCAUGUAGAGGAUCUGAUCAUUAAGACUAUUAUCUCUGCUGAACUAGCUAUUGCUACUGCUUGUAAAACCUUUGUUCCUCACCGCAGCAGUUGUUUUGAGCUUUAUGGUUUUGAUGUUCUCAUUGAUUCAACUCUGAAACCAUGGUUGCUGGAAGUGAAUCUUUCUCCUUCUUUGGCCUGUGAUGCACCUCUGGACCUAAAGAUUAAAGCCAGUAUGAUUUCAGAUAUGUUCACUGUUGUAGGAUUUGUGUGCCAAGACUCUUCUCAACGGUCAUCAACCAGGCCGAUGUAUCCUACAUUUGAGCCUUCUAGAAGAAAUCCCUUCCAGAAAAAUCAGCGUCCAGCAUCUGCUCCAGCUCAAUCAUCCAACUUCAAGCAGCAUUCUCGUCCUCUGUCUGCUAGUGAUGCUGAAAUGAAAAACCUUGUGGGUUCAGCAAAGGAGAAGGUGCCAGGGAAAUUAGGUGGUUCUGUGCUUGGUUUAUCCAUGGAGGAGAUCAAGGUUUUACGGCGGGUGAAGGAAGAAAAUGAUCGUAGAGGGGGAUUUAUUCGCAUAUUUCCUACAUCAGAAACGUGGGAUGUUUAUGGGUCCUACCUAGAGCACAAGACCUCAAUGAACUAUAUGCUGGCUACACGGCUCUUCCAGGACAGGGGAAACACAAGAAGAAGCCUAUUGGUAGGGAGGCCACGAGUGGCUGUUGAUGCAGGGCCAGAAAUGAAGGUGGAGAAUGUGAAUGCAAAGGCCAAGCUACAUGCUGCACUUUAUGAAAGGAAACUUCUAUCCCUGGAGGUGCGAAAACGCAGAAGAAGGAAUGGCAGAUUGAGAGCACUAAGGCCAAAGUACCCAGUGCUUCCGAAGCCGACUGAAAUAUCCAUUAAAACUGAGACUGAGAGUGAAGAGGGAGAAGAGGAUCAAGUAGAGCAUGAAGAUGAAGAGCAGGAAGCAUCCCAAGAGGAAUCUGCAGGAUCUCUUGCAGAAAAUCAAACCAAAUACACGUCUUCAGUGACUGCAUUGGUGGACACUCCACCCAAAGAAAGUCCCUUGAGAACUUCUGAAUGGAAUGGAGAAGCCACUCCUUGCCCCAAGCCUGAAAUUCAGCAGCCAGAACCCGCAUUUAACUUGUUGCAGAUUCUGCAAGAAAAUGGAAACCUCAGCAAAGUCCAGGCUCGAGUAGCCUUCUCUGCCUACCUCCAACAUGUUCAGACGCGACUGAUGAAAGACAAUGGAGGCCAAUCCUUUAGUGCUAAUUGGGCUGCCAAAGAAGAUGAACAGAUGGAGCUGGUAGUUCGUUUCCUCAAGCGUGCAUCAAGCAAUCUGCAACAUUCCUUGAGAAUGGUGUUGCCCAGCCGGCGAUUGGCCCUUCUGGAAAGAAGAAGAAUCUUAGCCCACCAACUGAGUGACUUCAUCGUCGUCUACAACAAGGAAACAGAACAAAUGGCUGAAAAGAAACCAAAGAAGAAACUUGAAGAAGAAGAGGAUGGAGUGAACUCUGAAAACUUUCAGGACUUCAUCAGCCAUGCAAGUGAGGCUGAACUGGAGGAGGUUUUGACUUUUUAUACCCAAAAAAACAAGUCUGCAAGUGUCUUUCUGGGAACUAAUUCCAAAGCCACCAAGAACAGCAGCAGUUAUUCUGAUAGUGGGGCAAAAGGUGACCAUCCUGAGACAGUGGAAGAAGUAAGAAUCAAGCAGCCCAAACAUCAGCAGGGAGCAGAACUUCAUUCUGACAAGUUAUCACGAUUUACCACAUCAACAGAAAAAGAGAGUAAAUUCCCCUAUAGCACUUCCCUUUGUCCAUCCUCUGGUCCUAGUGCUAUUCUUCAGAAAAUUCCCAACUCCCAUUUGACAUCUCUGAUUUCAUCCUCUGACCUCACACCAGUACCUAGUCAUCACUCUGCUUUUUCCCAAGUUCCUCCAGUUAUCUCCAAUGUGGCUCAUCAGCCAGCUGCUUUAGAGAACGCAACCCCUGAUAACUGUUCUCCCUCCCCACAUUCGGUGUCACAUCGUGUCCCUAGUCCAGCUGUACUGCCACGCUGUCGGUCUGGCAGUUACACCAUUGGCCCCUUCUCCUCAUUUCAAAGUGCUGCGCAGAUAUAUAGCCAGAAACUGUCCCGGCCCUCCUCAGCUAAAGCAGCAGGUACAUGCCAUCCAAGCAGACACCAGGCAGGCUUAGCCAGGACACCCAAGGAUGGAGAUGAUAGCCCCGCCUUAGGCAAACGCUGCAACCAAAGCGCGGUCGCAGCCGAGCUGCAGCGGCUGGCUGAGAAACGAGCAGCACGGCAGUAUUCCCCAUCCAGUCACAUCAGCCUUCUCACUCAGCAGGUAACAAACCUGAAUUUGGCAAGUGGAGUCACAAAUCGAACAGGUGCUACAAUUCCCCCUACCCUUCGCCCAGUACACAGUCCUGGAGGUCCAACAUUGUCAGCACAUUCAGACCCUCAAGUCCCUGAAAGCAGGACUAGCCCGCCAGUAAAUAGGAAUAUGCAAACAGGUGGCUUUGCCUGGGAAGGGGAAGUAGAAAACUCUGCAUUUAACAAUGCUGCAGGAGUGAUGCCACAGCACAAGUACCAUCCCACCGCUGGCAGCUAUCAGCUCCACUUUGCACUGCAACAGCUUGAACAACAAAAACUUCAGUCAAGGCAACUGCUGGACCAGAGCCGAGCCCGGCACCAGGCAAUCUUUGGCAAUCUCAUAUUACCCAGUUCCAAUCUGUGGUCUAUACAUAAUGCAGGCUACAGAAUCUCCAAUGCCACUGCCAGUGCCCAGAAGCCUACCAGUCUGCCACAGAAAGUGGUGCCAUCUCCAAAUUCUUCCUCACCUCUGGUCUCCAAACCCCCACCCAAUAACAAGCAGGUACUUAGGAAGAUGUCAUCUCAAAGAGUUUCCAAGACGGCCUCCACAGAAGGACAGCUGAAUGGAUUCCAGACCAGCCUUAGUAAUGCUAGGUCAUUUAUGCCCAUCACAAAGUCUGGAGGAUCUUUGGAUGCUCCUCAGGUUAUUUUCGCACGAUCCAAACCUUUACCCACCCCUCCUGGAGCUCUUGCCGCACUUAUAGGACAGAGAGAGUCAAAGUCGGUGAAAUAAAGGCCAGUUUAAGGUAACGCUCCUGCUUACAACCCGUGAUGAACCACUGACAUGGAGCAAGAAACCGUUCAACACCACGGGGUAGAAAGAUAAGGAUGGAACAGCCAUCAUAGCUACAAAGGGUCUAUCUUUGUUCCAAUCCUCAUCAUCAACCCCACACCAAGGUGGCAGCAGAUUUCUCCCUACCAGUCUAAAAGAGCCUAGCCUGGGGCAAUUGAAGAAAAGAUGAGCUGCGUUCUGGUGGAACUUGACAGUGUGCAGUUCAACUGAUUGUCUCUGACAGAGCCACAAGUGUACCUUUUCCCCUUCCCUUUUAUCUUCUCCCUCCCUUCCCCCCACCUGCCUAGAUCUUCCUUCUCCAGGCAGAGAUGAUAUAAAACAGAGGCUCAUUGGCUAUUUGUAUUUUGCUUCUGCUUUUUUUAGGUUCAUUAUCAAGCUUCUAUUUUAUAUAACCCUAGAAACAAACAUCAUCACUAACAAAGUUUAUAAUCCCUUUACAAAGGGUAUUAAGGGAGAAAGGGCGCACAUAACAUGUCAACCAGUGGUUGGAGAAAGGCUAGUGUGUUGACCACAUGAACCAAGGUAAAGCACCAUUUUAGAAUUACUGAUUUUCAAUAUUGAUAAAGUAAUUCUAUUUUUGUUUUAUUUUUUCCACUUAACUAAUUUCCCUCCAAUCAUUAUUCGUUCGCAAAUGAAACUGAAAUGUGACCAACUUUUUAUUUAAUUGCUAGGCAUUUAAAAGUUUUAAUUUUAGAAAUGUGUGUUACCUUGGUAUAUUUUGAUUUUAGGUUUUGUUGAGACAGAAUGUAGUCAUGGUCAUACACCUCAAUGGUAGCUUAUGAGCUGGGUCAGGGGCAGGAGGUGGUGUGGAAGGGGGUUCAUAACUGCGCAAAGGUCUCCCCAUCAGGCCAUGACAGAUGACUGAGUUAGACACCAUUCUUGAACUGCACAUUCAUUUCUCCCUCACGCUAAAUUGUUUACAUAAACAGUGCAAUACAUUCACCGAGUGGACCUAAUACGUUUCACAUGUUAACUCUCUGCUUUCUUGCUUCCUCACUUUCCCCUGCUUCUUUGUCAGCGCUUUCCUGAACGAGGCCCUAAACUGCAGUGUGGAGUUUUAGGCUCAAGCCACUUUGGGGGUUUCUGUAUCAUCUGUGACUUCCAACAACAAGUCACUCUCCCUAGCUCUGCCAUGUUGUAGGGGGAGCUUGGCGGUGUUUCCUGACCAUGGUGACAGCCAGUGCGCCAUCUAGCCAAAUGUAGGAUGUUCCAGAUUGCAGGGCUAUGAAAUGAGGUGUGACAGACCAGAGUUGGAAACUCAAAAAAUGAAAAUCACCUCCAACAAAGACAAAGAAAAGAGACUUGAUUAACUGUGAGCAGCUUUCAAAAAUUCUUUUUAAUGAAUGAAAACAAAGGGUUUGAUGCAUUUUUUUUUUUUGCCUCUGUUAAAAAAAAAUCACUUAAAGUGACAAGAUCUAUUUGUUAUAGUGAAGGGAGCAGGCAUGUGUUCCAGAGGUUACUGGUGCCCAGGAUACUAGCUUGAGGGACGUCUAUUGUGAUUCUUUCCAUUCAACCAUGAAUUAGGUUGGGGGACAAAAUAGAGUUCUGUCAUUCCCUUAGUUAUGAAGGUUUGGGAAUAAAGGGGUUAUCUGGAAUCUACUAUAAUGAUAUUUGUGAAUGGAGAUCCAAGGCCCACGACAAAGGGUUGCAGAUUAAUGGGACUGUUCAGAACUUCUUAAGAAAAUAAUCAAGUCCGAGUGGCAUAUUUAGUGUUCUUCCUGACUUUGCAGGUGCUGAUAUGAGCCUUCACAUCUCGUCCUUUCACUUAUCCAAGUCCUUUCAAGUAGUUUUGUUGGUACCAGGCAGCUCAUAACAAGAAGCUAAAUAGUCCAUGCAGUCCUCCUCCCCGCUCACUCCCGUGGCUAUGGUAAUGUGUCUGGUGCUCUUUUUUACACCCUAACCCCCAUAAAUAAUAUGUAUGUAUGAAAAUGGAGAGUUAGUUAUUCACGUUUUUAUAGUCCCUGUAAAUGGUGUACGUAGUUGCGAUCCUGGCAACCAGAUCCCUGCUCGUAUUUGCAUGUGGUGAUUAAGGCAAGAGAAGACUUCUUCCAUUAAAAAUAUCUUUGGAAUCACA